CCUGACCAGCUGAGCUCUACAGGAAGAGGAUCCUCUCAACAUGGCCGCCGCCUGCUAACUGGGAGCUGUCUGAAGCUGUCCUCCAUCAUGGCCCACUGUCUGCUGUCCGUCAACGAGUUCAUCCAGGACUCGUUUGUCCCGAUGAUAGCCGUGUUAGGCAGCAGCGAAGCGGAGAGAGUCUGCCGGAAGAACAGCUUGAAUUUAGCCGAGUUGCUGAGGCCCUUCUGCCGCCUGACAUCUGAAGGUCACAUCAGGGAUCCCAACAAUCAGCUCCAGACGGUGAAAAACCUGCGGAUCUGCAUCAACAACAUAGAAACGUCCACUGGCCAAGGCUCCGCCCACAACCGGCUGCUCAGUGAGGUGGUGCUCUCCUGUCAGCCACAGGAGGGCGCUGCAGCCACCGUCAUCAGAACCGCAGAAUAUCAUUUGAACCUAGGCGGGACCACGCCCUGGUUCGAGGCCUACAGGGAGGCCUUCCUGCAGACCAUGCCUCCCUCUGACCAUGAGUUCCUCCAUCACUACCUGGCCUGCCUGCUGGUGGUGUCGUCCUCCGAGGCGGUCCCGGUGGAGCAGUUCCUGAAGCUGUCCCAGGAGCAGCACAGGAUCCAGCACAGCGGGGAGUACUCCUGCCCAAAGUGGUUCAUCCCCAACACUCUCAAGUACUACGUGUUGCUGCACGACCUGAGCGAGGGAGAUGAGCAGAGGGCGGACAUGGUGUAUGAAGACAUGAAGCAAAGGUACGGCCCUCAGGGAUGCUACCUGUUGAAGAUCAACUCUCGCUCCUCUUCGCCUGAGGAGGGGGAGCAGAUCCCAGACCCCUGGAGUCAGUACCUGCACAAGCAAAACCCCCGGAACCAGGACUCGAUGGAACCUGCUGCUAAUGCUGCUGCUCCUCUGGGCGUUCCUCCUGAGGCCGACUGCAGGGAUUCAGCAGAGAGAGUAGAUCCUGGGCCUUCCACUCACCCCCUUCAGCUGGACACAGACAGCGUCCUAACCAUGAGCCUAGAGGACGUGAAGAAAAGUUCUGCAGACCCAGAUGACGUGGCUGACGGAGCGGGGAGCCACGGCGCCUGCCUGACCCUGAGCGACCACGACCGCAUCAGACAGUUCAUCCAGGAGUUCACCUUCAGAGGCCUGCUGCCUCACAUAGAGAAGAACAUCAGACAGCUGAAUGACCAGCUGGUUUCCAGGAAAGGCCUGAGCCGCUCUCUGUUCACAGCGACUAAGAAGUGGUUUGGUGGAGGAAAAGUCCCAGAAAAGGGCGUCAUUGAACCAAAGAGCACUCUGGGUCUUCAGUACCCCCCCGAAGCUCCUGAGCUGCAGAUCAGGAAGAUGGCCGACCUUUGCUUCCUGGUUCAGCACUAUGACCUGGCCUACAGCUGUUACCACACCGCCAAGAAGGACUUCCUGUCGGACCAGGCCAUGCUGUACGCGGCGGGGGCGCUGGAAAUGGCGGCGGUGUCAUCCUUUCUGCAGGGUGGAGCCCAGAGGCCGUAUCCAGCCCACUAUAUGGACACUGCAAUCCAGACAUACAGAGAUGUCUGCAAGAACAUGGUGCUGGCGGAGCGCUGUGCCCUGCUCAGCGCAGAGAUCCUGAAGAGUCAGGGGAAAUACUCUGAGGCUGCAACCCUUCUGAUUAAGAUGACCAGUGAGGACUCUGACCUGCGCAGCGCUCUGCUGUUGGAACAGGCCGCCCAUUGCUUCAUCAACAUGCGGAACCCAAUGGUGCGGAAGUUUGCCUUCCAUAUGAUCCUGGCUGGUCAUCGCUUCAGCAAAGCUGGACAGAGGAAACACGCGCUGCGCUGUUACAGUCAGGCCAUGCAGGUCUACCAGGACCGGGGCUGGUCUCUGGCAGAGGACCACAUCAACUUCACCAUCGGCCGGCAGUCCUUCACCCUGGGCCAACCGGACAGCGCGCUGCUGGCCUUCAGACAGAUCCUGAUCAACGACAGCAGGCAGACCGCCACGCAGCAGGCCGCCUUCCUCAGAGAGUACCUGUACGUGGUGAAGAGUCUCCUCGGGGGAACGGACGGCCGCCUCCCUGAGCUCCCGCUGCCCUACAUCCACAGCGCUGCUACCAGGGUCUACUUUGGACAUGAACGGCGCCUCGCAGAAGGAGAGAAGCAGGCAGCCACCCACGUCUCCUUGGACCAGGAGUACGACCAGGAGCUGUCCCUCCUCUGGUGCCGGCUGGAGGAGCAGCUGGUGGCCUCAGCCAAUCAGGGAGUUCUUCCAAACACCUUCCAGCCGACCCAGUGCUGCCUGAACCGCCAGACCGACAACCUCCACCACCCGCUGGCUGUGGUCCAGGAGCCGAUCAUCGUGGAGGUGACGCUCAGGAACCCCCUGAAGGUGGCGCUGCUUCUGUCCGACCUCUCCCUCCUCUGGAGGUUCACCGCCGACGCGCCUUCAGGAGGGGAGGUGACCGUCGCCAAUGACGAUGCGGCAGCAGGCCAGAGGGACGAGCCGGUGACGACAGAGACCAUCAGAGAGUUCUACCUGGGGCCAGAGGAGACCAAGACGGCCCGACUGAAGCUGCUGCCACACAGAACAGGUCAGCUGAACAUCGUGGCAGUCGUCUACAACCUGACGUCGUCCCACUUUGGAGAACCGUCCUCAGACCCUGAAGGGCAGCAAACGUCAGAGUCCAUGAUGGUCCGAGGCAGGCAGGACCUGAAGAUCCAGGGUCCACGGCUGAACCUGACCAAGGAAGACAAGAUGCUGGUCCGACAUGGUCCGGAUCGCCGCCUGGAGCCCAUCAUCACGCCCCCUAUGCCCCUGAUGGAGGUGUUCUUCCUGCAGUUCCCCACCGCUCUGCUGUGUGGUGAGAUCAAAAAAGCUUACGUGGAGUUCUGUAACGUCAGCGCAGUAGCUCUGUGCGGCCUCUGGGUGGCGUCCACGCACCCUGACUUCUUCACGUUCGGCAGCCAGGACGCCGCCACCCCGCCGAGCCCAGCCUCCUCUGAGAACUGCUCGGCUUACGUCACCGUUCACGCACCCCCCCAGCCAGGAGCCCCGGCCCCCGAGACGCUGGUGUCCGCCCCUGACUUCAGCCAGGCCUCCGGGGUGAUGGAGAUCCCCAUCAGAGGCGGCACACUGCAGCCAGGGGAGUCCGUACAGCUGCCUCUGUGGCUCCGAGGACCAGACCAGGAAGGAGUCCAUGAAAUCAACUUCCUGUUCUACUAUGAGAGCUCAGAGAAAAGCCUCAGAAGCAGCCAUCGGGUGUUGCGUCACUCGGUGUUCAUCUGUGCCAGCCGGUCGUUGAGCGUCCAGGCGUCGGCCUGCCGCAGCAGCGCCGCUCCUCACAGCUCCCUGGACGACAGAGGCGGCGGGGGAACGCUGAUCUUCAUCGAUGUGGAGAACGUGAACGCGAGUGAGAGCGGCGUGCGUGAGUUCCACAUCGUCCAGGUGUCCAGCAGCAGCCAGCACUGGCGCCUCCUCAAGCACAUCAAUCCAGACCACAGUCAUGAUUGCAGACUCAGCAGCCGAGAACGAGCCAAGCUGUGCUUUAAGGCUACGCGAUGCAAACCCCAUGAAGGAGCUGAUGAUGUAAAGGAAUUCACUUUCUCAGACCUGAAUCUGGGAAACGAACGGAUCGUCAGCUCCUCCACACCCUGUGGAGAUUUCUUCUUCCGCUGCCGUCAGAGCUCAGAGUUCCACCAACCAGCCAGGAGCUCCUCCAGCAGCAGAGGCCAGGCCCCUCCCCCCUCUGACAUCACAAGCAUCGCCAAGAAGUGCAAUGAGCUGGACCUUCAUUUGAUCGUCAUCUGGAAGGCGUAUGUGGUGGAGGACAACAAGCAGCGGAUCGUGGAAGGCCAGCUCCACGUGGCUCUGCAGGCCGUGGGCCAAGAGGCCAGUUCUCUGCUCCCCAGAGAGGAAGCUCAGGAGAUGAUGCUCCUCAGGUUUAGGUCAGAGUCACCUCCUCCAGCCCUCCUGCCUCAUCCACAACUUUCCCAGCUCAUCAGGACCAACCUCGGCUACCCUGAAACCUUCUCCCAUCACUUCCUCAGAGACAGCCUUUGCUUGGUCCCGGUAACGCUGACCUUAUCCAACUGCUCAUUGGCUCAAAUAGAUGUCAUCAUAGAUCUGCAACACAGAAGCAGCAGCUCAGAGUCUCUGGAGGUCCACGCCUCCUUCGCCUGGGUGGGUCAGAACCAGUACAAGCUGCAGCUGGGGGGGCGGGAGGUGGUGAGCCUCACUCUGCAGGCCUGCUUCUUCCGCGCCGGCGUCUACAACCUGAACACGCCGCGGGUGUUCGCCAAGCCGGUGGAGCACGCCGCCAUGUGUGAAUCCAGCCAGCAGACGGCCAGUCCUGCUCUCAUCAUCAUCAACAACAGCGCCUCCCCUGGGGGGACCCUGGGGGGCCACUGACCCCGCCGGGGCCGGCGCCACCUAAAGGAAUCCCAUCCAGGCCCGAUGCUGAGUUGGCCGAAGACUGGAAGCCAUCUUUGUUCUGCAGACGGACUAAUAAUUAUUUAUUUCUAAUAUCAGACUGAUGUUAAAUAAAGGAAAUGAUGCAGGCAGCGCUCGAUUCGUUAGAACUGGAAUCCAUGUUUCUGGCGUUUAUAUAUAAUUAACCAUUAUUAUAAUAUCUGAUUAUUUAGUUUCAUCAUUAAACCACCUGAUUAAAGUUGCCUUUCUCUAAACUGAA